AUGGGCAAAGAAAACCAAACCUAUCUUACUGAAUUCAUCUUGCUGGGCUUUUCUUCUGAUCAUCGAACCCAGAUCCUCCUGUUUGUGAUAUUUCUCAUCAUCUACUUGUUGACUGUGUUUGGGAAUCUGCUCAUCAUACUCCUAAUUCACAUUGACUCUCGACUUCACACACCAAUGUACUUCUUCCUUAAAAAUCUGUCAUUUACUGAUCUCUGUUUCUCUACAACCAUUGUUCCCCAGAUGCUAUCCCAUUUGCUCAUCAUGAGAAAGACCAUUUCUUUUACUAGGUGCUCAAUUCAAAUGCUUUUCUUCCUAAUAGCAGGGUGUACAGAGAGUUCACUUCUAGCAGUGAUGUCCUAUGACCGCUAUGUGGCUGUCUGCAAACCCCUGCACUAUUCCACUCUCAUGACCCAGAGAAUUUGUGUUCAGCUGGUCAUGGGGUGCUGGGCCAGUGGAGCAUUUGUGUCUUUAGUAGAUACCACAUUCACUUUAUGUCUCCCAUAUCAGGGACAGAAUAUAAUUAAUCAUUAUUUUUGUGAGCCUCCUGCCCUCCUAAAGCUGGCUUCAGGGGAUACCUACAGCACAGAGAUGACCAUAUUUGCAAUGGGUGUUGUAAUUCUCCUGGGUCCUGUGUCUCUCAUCCUUUUCUCCUACUGGAAUAUUAUCUCCACUGUGAUUCAAAUACAGUCAGAAGAGGGGAGGCUAAAGGUUUUCUCUACCUGUGGAUCUCAUUUCAUUGCUGUUUUCUUCUUCUAUGGGUCAACAAUUUUUACCUACAUGCAACCUAAUUUGAAGCAAAUGAAUAAAGGGGAUAAGGUGGUCUCAGUGUUCUACUCAGUCAUAACAUCAAUGAUGAACCCUUUCAUUUAUAGCCUAAGGAACAAGGAUGUGAAGGAAGCAUUUAGGAAAGUAUUUGGAAAAUAG